AUGCUAUUUGUAGAUUUUGUCCGCGACACGAGCGACACAGACUUCGUCAGCGAGGUCGAAUAUGAACCCAUCACGGACACGGAGGACGACGGACUGAACUCUAGAAACUCUUCUUGCCAGAGUGACGAUGACAUCAUAAUGACCAAGGUGCUAGAGGUGUCAGUUGGUGACGAUGGGGAAUUGCAGUUGGCUGACUCUGAGCAGACGGUAACAGAUGACAAUGAUUCGGAGAUAGAUCUACACGACUACUGGCUGUGUGUGCAGUGCAAGAGCGAAAACAAUAACCCCCGGUAUCGAUACUGCGAGCAAUGCUUUAAGGUACGUAGAGAUUUCUUCCCGCCGAGACCGAAGCGAAAAAACCGCCGUAAGAACCGCUUAGAGACAGAUAUUCUGCGUCCGCAAUCCUCAAACUCAGAUAUAAACGCUGAAAACGUUCCGGAAUCACAGACCAAAAGCGUUACACUUUCGCAAGUAGAUCUGACAAAUGUUCCGGAACCUUUUCCAUGUAGUUCGCAAGAUUCCGGCUUCGAGUCGGUUAUCAACAGCCAAGACUUGAGCCAAGACGUCAAAAUUGAUAAUUUAAAUGCAAUACUAGAUAGUACAGAUUUCGGAUCGAUAGUUGAUGAAGAUGACGUCAAGCCUCUUAAUAAAACUACUAGUGAUCCAGAAGUAAAAAUAGAAAGCAUGAAUGCGCCACAAAAUCGUCAUUCGUCGACGAAUAUGGCUAUUGCUAGUAGUGAUAUAAAUGAUAUGUGUAUAACUUGCUGUUCAGCCCCUAAAUCCGGAGUGUUUGUUCACGGGCGGAUAGCGCACAUAUGCUGUUGUUUUAAAUGCGCGGUCAAGGUUUGGAACAACGCCAAAAGAUGUCCGGUUUGCAAUUGUAAAGUUAGUAAUGUUUUAAGGGCUGUUGUUAUGUAA